ACCGAUUAAAAUUUCCAAGAGAACCCAGCCUACAGUCUACAAGAAGCAGAAGACGACAAAAUAAACCCUCUGGAAACACCCAAUACCGCCAUUCGCCGAUCGGCCCCAUCGCCAAUGUCCAGAUCCUGUAAUGACAACCGAAGUCAAGCUUACCCAGGAUCUAAAGAGAAAACACAGAAAACACCAACUGCGCAGAAAACAAAAUACUCCUCGGACGACAAAGCAGCCUGCCCUACUCUUUAGAAGUAAUCGCUCUCCGGAUGCGGCGUCCCGGGGGCGGUCUCUUCCAUAUUGGGGGUGCACCCGUCGCAGGGCACGUGCGGUGUGCGGAAAAAAUGGGCUGGGGAAUUAAUGCACGUCCUUACGUGAGCAUGCUGAAUGGCAUUGCACUGGCAGCAUUUCCACGGGGCAGCCCGCUCAACCGUUGAUUUGGCUAUGCUGGUUUCGGCAUCGUGUCUGGCAGUCCUGACGGCUUCCAUGCUGCCUAAUUCCUGGCCGUGCAUUUUCAGAUGGGCCGGUGCCGGGCCUGUGGACCAAUCUGGCGUGCAUGGUCUGAACCACGUAUAUGUACGUUUAAACUCUUCGUCGUUGCGAGGGGCUUGCCCGCUUUGCUGGUCGUUGUCCUUGGCUGGUUGUUUGAUUUGCUGGUCGUCGUUCUUGGCUGGCUCCUUUCCUUUCUGGGAUUCGUUUGCAGACAUCUUGGAAGUUGAGCGGAAGUCCUAGCCUUCAAAGGUUAGUCUGGUAUUAAUGAGAAGAGCUGAUUUCUUACAACGGAGCUGAAGUCGGUGGGUCUAUACUCAUGUAUUGAUAGGUGAGCAGCAGUAGUGAGCAGCGAGCAGCGAGCAGUGUGCAGCGAGCAGCGAGCAGUGUGCAGCGAAGUGGAAUAGAUAUCGAAGGAGUAGGUAUUGCAGGAACAGGUAUGGCAGGAAUGAUCGCUUGUUCUCUCGUAGGUUCUGUUCAAAGUGUGUAUGUUGAAGAUAAAAUCUCUCCCUUCUAAGAUUUUUAUACCGAGAGCCAAGCAGA